GUCAGUGGCUCCUAUCCAGGAGCUUUUGUGUUCUCCUAUCCAAAAUGAUCCAGGAAAAGGUGGUGCUGAAUAAAGUGAUGGAGAGAUCCGGGCACAUCAACAUUGCCAUGACUGAGGAUGUCAGUGCCAACGGGACAGCCAGGUCAAACGCUGGCGCAUCUGUGGAGUGGAACCAGCAGCCGUGUGGCUCCACCGUUAGCUUCCACAAAAUCCACUACAAACUACACCAGAAGAGUGGCUUUGUCUGCAAAGAGAGUACGAGUCCCAGGGAAAUACUGGUGGAUCUCAAUGGGAUUAUGAGACCUGGCUUGAAUGCUAUUCUUGGACCAACUGGAAGUGGAAAAUCUUCAUUCUUGGAUGUAUUGGCAGCAAGAAAGGAUCCUGUGGGUCUCUCUGGGAAGGUGCUCAUUGAUGGGGCACCACAGCCUCCAAACUUCAAGUGCCUCUCUGGCUAUGUUGUCCAGGAUGAUGUGGUGAUGGGUACCCUGACGGUAAGGGAGAAUCUCCGUUUUUCUGCCGCACUGAGGCUCCCCAGCUCAGUGCUGCAGAGUGAGAAGGAUGCUCGAGUCAACCACCUCAUUGAAGAACUCGGUCUCACCAAAGUGGCUGAUUCCAAGGUGGGCACACAGAUGACACGGGGAAUCUCAGGCGGAGAGAGAAAGAGAACCAACAUUGGCAUGGAGCUGAUUUUUGAUCCUGCAGUACUAUUUCUGGAUGAACCGACCACAGGGCUGGAUGCAAGCACAGCUAACUCUGUCCUGCUGCUGCUGAAAAGAAUGGCCAGUCACGGAAGAACCAUUAUCAUGUCCAUUCACCAGCCCCGCUACUCCAUCUACAGACUUUUUGACACUCUGACUCUUUUGGUCAGUGGUAGAAUGGUGUACCAUGGACCAGCACCAAAUGCUUUGGACUAUUUUGCCAACAUUGGCUACCCAUGUGAGCCCCACAACAACCCAGCUGAUUUCUUUCUGGAUGUUAUAAAUGGAGGUUUUACUGCAACAACCAUGACCAAGAUGCAGAUCUUUGAAGACUUCGACGGGCUCAGUACUAAGAAGAAUGUUGAGGAACACCUUGUGGAGGAGUACAGGAACAGCAGCUACUCGAGCAACACACAAGCUGAAUUAAAACGCAUCAUUCACAAUAAGGACUGUGUAUCACCAACUACAUCUCGCACCAUCACCUACAACAGUUCCUUCUCACACCAGCUGCGAUGGGUUCUUCAGAGAACCUUUCAGAACCUCAUGUUGACGCCCCAAACAUCUGUGGCUCAGGUAGGAGUCAACAUUUUCCUCGCUCUCAUCGUAGGAGCCAUUUUCUUUGGGGUCAAAGACGACCAGAGUGGCAUCCAGAACCGGAUGGGAGCCCUCUUUUUCAUCACCACCAACCAGUGUUUCAGUACUGUGUCUGCAGCUGAGCUCUUCAUCGCUGAGAGGAAGCUGUUUGUGCAUGAGUACAUCAGCGGCUACUACAGGGUAUCAGUCUACUUCCUCUCUAAAAUCCUAUCUGACAUCACUAUGCGCACCGUCACCUCUGUUAUCUUCAGUUUCAUUGUAUAUUUUUUGAUCGGGCUGAAGUCCACAGUCGCAGGCUUUCUUAUCUUCACACUGACCGUGACUCUUGUGGCCUACACAGCCACGGCCCUGACCAUGGCCAUCUCAGCCGACCAGAGCGUCGUCGGUCUCGCCAACAUCUUCAUGACCAUCACCUUUGUAUUCAUGAUGAUUUUUUCAGGUCUCCUGGUGAACCUCCCCAGCAUCAUGGACUGGCUGGCUUGGCUGAAGUACCUCAGUAUUCCUCGCUAUGGUCUCGCAGCUUUGAAGAUCAAUGAGUUUGUAGGUUUGAAGUUCUGCGAGGCGAGUGUAAUCCAGCAUCCUACUGCAUCAGCGGUAAUGACCAACUGCACUGUGAGCACAGCUGGACAGAUAUGUACAGGCGAGCAGUAUCUGGAAUACUUGGGAAUAAACUACAGCUCCUGGGGAUUGUGGGAGAAUCACAUGGCUUUGACGGUUAUGAUGAUCAUAUUCCUCGUCAUUGCCUAUCUGAAGCUCCGCUACAUCAAGAAGUUUACAUAAUGUCUUACUCUUAAUUCCUCUUCUUGUUUGGUUUUAAUGGUCUCCAAAAGUGUCUCUUCAUAUUCGUAAAUAGAAAUGUUUUUGAAUACACAUUUACCUGCCUUCAUAUAAAAUCGCAAAAGAGACUACUGUCGUAUCUAUAGCAUCUAUAACAUUAAAUAAAUAAAUGAAAGACUGGAAGGUAAACAAACAGUUUCAAAAGUUCAUGCACCAUUUAUCAAGUUCCUUUUCUGAAGUGUGUCAUUUAACUAUUUAUAAUCAAAAUGUAUAAAUUACAAAAACCAAAAAAAUUAUUGAUUUGUGGGACUUAUUAACAG